AUGUAUUUAAACGAGGGCUGCACGAGACGAGCAAACUAUUACGAUGCCUCUGCCACGAAAUGGCUAAAAAUAUUAUACAAUUCCGUACCGAACAUUGCAGCAACGCUCGAAACGGAAAACAAAGUGCCGUCAGAUUUGAUGGUCCAAACAACGGUCAAUCCAGGCAAUCCGGGCAAUCCGGAAGUCGAUGCGGUUGUGCCGCUGGUCGCUUGUAUGGACUUGCCGCAUCGGAAAACGGAUGUUAAAAUAACCGACCAGGUGGUCCCCAAACAAACGGCUUUACAUAGACGCUGA